AUGUACGGUGUCGGUGUGUCGGUGGCGUCCCUGCUGGUGUCCCUGCUGAGCGUCCUCAGCGUCACGCCAGUCAGUCCGGGCGCCCUCGAUGGCACGCUCGACGGGGGUGUCUUCUCCAAGCACGCGUCCUACGACCCCUGCUACGACGAGGAUCGUCCGCGGCGUUGUCUGCCGGACUUUGUGAACGCCGCCUUCGGCAUGCCGAUCGUGGCGUCAUCCACCUGCGGCCAGCGGGGCCCGGAGAGGCUGUGCGAUAUUGCCUCCGGGCAGCCGCGUCCCCGCUGCCUUCAGUGCGAUAUGGGAUCGGCGCGCAAACGCUACCCACCGGUCGCGCUGACCGACGUGAACAACUCGAACAACGUCACCUGCUGGCGCUCGGAGCCGCUCCGAUCAGCCACGUCCAUCAACGAUCCACCGGAUAACGUGACGCUGACGCUGUCGCUCGGCAAGAAGUACGAGCUGACGUACGUCAGCCUAACGUUCUGCCCGGGCGCCACCAAGCCGGACUCGAUCGCCAUCUAUAAGAGUGCGGACUUCGGCAAGUCCUGGCAGCCGUUCCAGUUCUACAGCUCCCAGUGUCGGCGGGUGUACGGUCGGCCGAACCGGGCGACGAUCACGCGCGCCAACGAGCAGGAGGCACGCUGUACCGAUGCCCACCGGCACGGUGGAGUCGAACCGGGCGGUUCCGGUGUGUCCCGGAUCGCGUUCAGCACGCUCGAGGGUCGCCCGUCCGCGCCAGAUUUCGACUCCUCGCCCGUCCUGCAGGACUGGGUGACGGCCACCGAUGUGCGGGUCGUGUUCCACCGGCACCAGAUGCCCCCGGACGACUCCUCCGAGGAGUCGUGGUUCCGACAGAACGGAUCACCCCAGGUACCACCGUCGUUCCGCCGGCAGCCGCGCGACCUCCUGCUGCCAGAAACACCUUUCUUCCCCGAGGCAAGUUCCACCACCUCCGACUACCUGCUGGAGGACUUCUUCAGCAGCAGCAGCAGCAGCAGCAGCAGCUUCCUGAGCACCACCCAACAACAACCAACCACAACCACUCCGGUGACCACCGCGUCCAUCAAACCGGCGCAGCUGCAACCGUCCACCGGUGGGCAACUCCGGGCCGGUUCGCUGUCGCGCCUCUUCCACCACUACGCCGUGUCGGACUUUGCGGUCGGCGGGCGAUGCAAGUGCAAUGGGCACGCGUCCCGCUGCCUGCCGACCGGCAAGGAGGGCGAGCUGAGCUGCGACUGCAAGCACAACACGGCCGGCCGGGACUGCGAGCGCUGCAAGCCGUUCCACUUCGAUCGGCCCUGGGGUCGCGCGAACGCUCGCGAUUCCAACGAGUGCAAAGUCUGCAACUGUAAUGGGCACGCGCGCCGCUGCCGCUUCAACAUGGAGCUGUACAAGAUGUCCGGCCGGAUAUCGGGCGGGGUGUGCCUGAGCUGCCGGCACGCGACCACCGGCCGCCACUGUCACUACUGCCGGGAGGGAUUCUACCGCGACGCCACCAAGCCGAUCAGCCACCGGAAGGUCUGCAAAGCCUGCGACUGCCAUCCGAUCGGAUCGUCCGGGAAAACCUGCAACCACACGACGGGCCAGUGUCCGUGCAAGGACGGUGUGGCCGGGCUCACCUGCAACCGGUGCGCCCGUGGCUACCAGCAGAGCCGCUCCCAUAUCGCACCGUGCAUCAAAAUCCCUCGGGUGAUAAGCAUGGUCCAUCCGCAGAACACCGCCCCGGAAGGACACCAGCCUCAUCAUCAGCAUCAGCAUCACUACCACAAGCCGGCCGGUGGCAGCAGCAGCAGCAGCCAGCACGAUCCGGACGCGACCUCCUACCGCACGGAUGCCGGACGGGAGUGCGGAAAAUGCAGAAUCGGCACAAAGCGGCUAAAUCUGAACAAGUUCUGCAAAAGAGAUUACGUGAUAAUGGCGAAGGUAAUCGGAAGGGACAUAAAGAGCGACAACGGAAACCUAAAAAGCCCCGGCAGCGCAAGCCGGUACCAGCAGGCACCGGCACCACAGCAGCACCAGCGAUACCGCGACCGGGCGACCGAGGACGCGGCCGUGGUCAGGUUCCGCCUAAGCGUGCAGAAGGCGUUCAAGCGAAGCCGAAAUCCCGCCAGCCCGCUGGCCAGCGCGACCAAGUGGGCGUCGGUGCCGUUCAUCGUGAGCGCCCACGAUCUCGAAUGCCGCUGCCCAAAGAUCAAAGUCAAUAGAUCCUAUCUGAUUCUGGGCCGCGACUCCGAGGGACCACCGGGCGCACUGGGUGUCGGUCCACGGUCGAUCGUGAUCGAGUGGCGUGACGAGUGGCACCGGCGGCUGAGGAAGUUCCAGCGGCAGGCAUCAAGGACCUGUGACUGA